UUUCACUCCCUGUAGCCAACAUGGCAGUCGGCAAGAAUAAGAGGCUGACCAAAGGCGGCAAAAAGGGUGCCAAAAAGAAGAUUGUGGACCCUUUCUCCAAAAAGGACUGGUACGAUGUCAAGGCGCCGGCCAUGUUCAUCAUCCGCAAUCUUGGCAAGACAUUGGUCACCAGGACUCAGGGAACCAGAAUCGCCUCUGAUGGUCUGAAGGGUCGCGUGUUUGAAGUGAGCCUCGCUGACCUGCAGAACGACGAGGUGGCCUUCCGCAAGUUUAAGCUGAUCACGGAGGAUGUGCAGGGCAAGAACUGCCUCACCAACUUCCACGGCAUGGACCUGACCCGUGACAAGAUGUGCUCUAUGGUCAAGAAAUGGCAGACGAUGAUCGAGGCCCACGUGGAUGUGAAGACGACGGACGGCUACCUGCUGCGUCUCUUCUGCGUGGGCUUCACCAAGAAGCGCACCAACCAGAUCCGCAAGACUUCCUACGCCCAGCACCAGCAGGUGCGCCAGAUCCGCAAGAAGAUGAUGGAGAUAAUGACCCGCGAGGUGCAGACUAACGACUUGAAGGAGGUCGUCAACAAGCUGAUCCCUGACAGCGUUGGCAAGGACAUCGAGAAGGCCUGCCAGUCCAUCUACCCUCUGCACGACGUCUACGUCCGCAAGGUCAAAAUGCUCAAGAAGCCCAAGUUUGAACUGGGCAAACUGAUGGAGCUCCACGGCGAAGGCAGUUCUGGCAGCGCCACCAAAGCAGCUGGAGACGACACCGGAGCCAAGGUGGAGAGGGCUGACGGUUACGAGCCCCCCAUCCAGGAGACAGUCUAAAAAAAUAACCACCCUGACAGAUUUAAUAAUUAAAAAAAAUGACCAACAUUGA